UGCAUGCCACCACCAUCAUGGACACUGGUGGGUACAGCAAGCUGGAUACUGCAGUCGAGGAGGUCCCCAGAGCUGGGACGCUGGGAGCACUACAAACAAAGGCUUUUCUUCCUGGUCUUGGCUUUCCUGGUGGCCACAGUGCUAUGGGCUCUCAUUCUGAGCACCCUAUUGUCCAAGGCCUCCAGCGAGCGCAGGACGCUGCUCAGCCGCCAGGACCUGCUGAAGACAAACGGUGCGUGCGGAGCUGCAGAGCACGGCGUCUGCGCCCCCUGGCGGUAGGAGCCUCAGAGCAAAAGAUGAUGUUGAGUACCCUGAAAGAGGAUGUCGGAGCCUGCAGGAACUGCUGCUCCGGGAUUAAAGCGCAGCUGCAAGCCACACUCGCUGAGUUUAAGGACACACAGGCAAAGCUGAUGGAGCAGGAGAGUACCCUUAAAGAACUGCAAGAGCGUGUGACCCAGGGCUUGGCUAAAGCAGGCAGAGAUCGUGAGGACAUCCGCAGUGAGCUGCUCCAGGCGCUGGAAGCUGUCAAGCAACAGAACAGAUCCUGUGAGCAGUGCCCCACAUCAUGGCUAUACUUCCAAGGCUCCUGCUAUUAUUUCUCUGAGACGCAAGCUAUAUGGAGCACAGCACAGAGCUACUGUUCAGUUCAUGGUGCCCACUUGGCGAUUGUCAAAGGCCCAGAUGAGCAGGGCUUCCUGAGUCAGCAUACACAUGGCCGAGGCUACUGGCUGGGUCUGAAGGCAGUUCGCCACCUCGGCAAGAUUCGGAGCUACCAAUGGGUAGAUGGAGUCUCACUCACCUUCAGCCACUGGAACUCUGGAGAGCCCAACGAUUCCAGAGGACAUGAGGACUGUAUCAUGAUGCUGCACUCGGGGCUGUGGAAUGAUGCACCGUGUACCAAUGAGAGGGAUGGCUGGAUCUGUGAGAAGAGGAGCAGCUGCUGAUCCUGCCCAAUGUCCCAGUGCCAUGCCCAUUGCCUCAGGGUGAAUCAGAAGUGUGGCUCAUGUUCCUUGAGCCCACCACCAAGGUUUUUUUUUUCUAAUGCACCAUUACUAAGCCUCACCAGUGCAUGCUUUGGAGACCCCAGCUCCAACUCACAAAAUACCCUAAACCUCCCAGCUAACCUGACUUUUGUCAGUUUCAAAAUCACUGCUCUAAAGCCUUGGUCAUCUGACCCUCCCACCUACCUUCCUAGACAGUGUUAGAGCUGUUGUACCUUCCUGUAUCCUCCUAGACCAUCCCUCUGACUUGAGCUGUCUCCACAGAGAGAAGGAGAUCAAUAAAUGUCUGAGAGAUGAAUCCAA